UCCUGUUCUCACAGUGGCCAGCCAGGUGCCAUGAUUCCAUGAUGUCUGAGCAGGAGUCUUUGGUGAGAUAUCUUUUUGAAAGUGAAAAUCCCUGGUUUCCUCUUAAAGACCUAGUGGAAACAAAAUAAGAGAGGCACCUCUGGAGAAGAAAUGGAUCCAUCUCCGAAGAUACUGUUUUCUUUGCUCAGUAUAGCCUCCCAUUUAUUUAGCACAGCAACAGCAAACAAUUCAUCCAUCAUCAAUGCAUAUUCCUCUUUUGGUAGUACCCCUGUUAAGAAAAUAAAUGCUAAUGAUAGUUUGGACAACUACAAUCAACACAUAGUGGAAAUCACAAAAGAUGCUGAAACAUACUUGACUAGUCCAUGGCUGACUCGUUUUGUUCCUUCCAUCCACACUGUUGUGAUUAUAUUGAGUCUUCCUUUAAAUAUUAUAGCAAUCCUUGUGUUCAUCAUCAAAAUAAAGCUUAAGAAGCCAGCUGUAAUCUACAUGCUCAAUCUAGCUUCUGCAGAUGUACUCCUUGUGAGUGUGCUUCCUUUUAAGGUUGCCUACCGUUUUUCUGGUAACAACUGGGCAUUUGGACCUGAAAUGUGUCGUUUUGUCACUGCCACCUUCUACUGCAACAUGUACUGCUCCAUCCUGCUGAUGAUGGUGAUAAGUAUAGAUCGUUUCCUGGCAGUGGUGUACCCAAUACAGUCUCUGUCAUGGCGCACACUGAGACGUGCUUCUUUGGUCUGCUUUGCCAUCUGGCUUCUGGCUAUAGCCGAGGCGAUGCCUCUGCUUGUCACUGAGCAAACAAAGAGAGUAUUUUCGUUAAAUGUUACUACCUGUCUUGAUACAUUAGAUUUCUCUGUUAUUAUGGAGACAUUUCGGUAUUACUUUUCUGUAGUAUCUAUUUUGGGGUUUUUUAUACCGUUAUUAAUCUCUGUCACAUGUUACGUGUGCAUUAUAAAGAAACUUUCUACAUCCAGCGCUGCCACAAAGCCAGGUAAAAGGGGACGUGCCAUCCUCCUUUCUGCAGCUGUCUUGUGUUCUUUUAUUGUUUGUUUUGGCCCAACAAAUGUCCUGUUACUAGUGCAAGGCAUAUGCAUUUCACCUGAUGAACCCCUCGAAAGUCUGAAUUUUGCCUACCUCUUAGCAGUCUGUGCUGGUACCAUAAACUGCUGCAUUGAUCCCUUAAUUUAUUAUUAUGCCUCUUCAGGGUAUCAAAGGCAGGUCUGGAGGCUCCUGUGCUAUAAAAAGCAUUCUGAGCUUGAAAAAGGAAGUCAGACAACAAGCAGUAAUGUGGCAAGUCUUUCUACUGAUUUGAACAAUUUGUCUCUAGCAUAGCAUUUUAUAGUUAAUAUCUGCAGUACAGUAAUACGCUCAUUCAUAAACAUAGGUGCUGCAUGUCGCAGGGGUGAAGAUUAGUUUAUAGCACCUGUCUUUAAUCUCUAUGCGUUUCUCUCUCUAUAGAAUUGAAGUGCUUUCUUAUAUUCAAGGCUAUGUAAUUUCAAACCGUAUUUUUUUUGCUGCCGUUAAAAUUAAAAGUAUUGUCUGCCC